AUGCCACAAUACAAGUCUCGUAAAAUGACACGUAGAGGUCCCAAUGCAUGGAUCUUGUAUUCGAAUUGGUUCUGCAAGAAUAAACGUGAAGCCGGUCUAAUGAUUAAAAAAAAUGAGGCCAUAAAACUGGCAAAAAUAGAAUGGGAGAAGAUGGAGACCACUGAAAAACAAAGGUGGUUUAUAAAGGCAGAUCGCAUCAGAAUAAUCUGUCAUCUUAUCCCUCAAAUCGACCAUCGAAACAUUGCCAAUACUGAAUACGUUAGUAAUUUUGAUGGGCCUUUUAUUAUUGAAGACUUAUCACCUACCUCGGAUAUGAAUCAGUUAAAUGCUAAAAAUAUCUUAAAGGAAUGA